CAAACAAACACCGACCAAUGAGAAGCUCGCUCAUUUCAUGUCACUCGUGAUAUCAGGCGGCUCCUAACUGAUAAGAUAAAACAUAUUGUGAUUCGAAGGUGUUCUCCAGUGCUCUUUCUAAUUUCGAUGAAAAUGUUCUUCCAACCGAUAUGCAAAGUGUUAAUGAUAUUAUGCGUCCUAGUUUCAUCGAGCCGUGCACAAGAGGCCGACGCGGAAAACGUUCCAUGUGAUAUUACCAUACAAGAUUCUUUAACUCUUAACUGUUCUCGUCGCAACAUUGAUGAGAUCCCCGAAAAAUGGCCGGAAAAAAUAAACAGCGUAGACAAAGAUGGGCAUGUGUUGAUAACAUUUUUCAACAAUACGAUAUCGAACGUGUCGCAACUGCCCGCGGUGCCCGGCAAGAGGGUGGCCAUCAGCUUCAAGUCCAACGAGGUGGUCGAUAUCGAAGACGAUGCUUUCAGUAACAUCGACGGACUGGUCUACUUGGACUUAAGCAACAAUUACAUAUCCGGAGAGGUUUUGAGGAGCGAAAUUUUCCAAGGGCGCUACCUUGACGGUAAAUACGCGAACAUCGCGCUGGAGACCCUGAACUUGGGCCACAAUGACAUCCACUCGCUAGACCGGUACCUGUUCCAGUACACGCCGAAUCUGACGCGACUGUAUCUUAACAACAACCCUAUUGAAAUACUCGACCACGUCACUAUCCUUGCUCUGGCGAGUGCUACCAAUUUGCAGGUUUUGGACUUGGCGAAGACCGACAUCGAUAGUAUACCCCUAGACGCGUUCAAAGGGUUGUCGAAGUUACAACAGAUCGAUUUAUCAGACAACCGGUUCGUGACUGUGCCGGAGAGUCUGAGCCUCGUCGGUAACUCCCUCAAGUACCUCACGUUCAACAACAAUCCCAUCGUCGAGCUUAAUGAUGAUAGCUUCGUAGGCUUAACGAACUUAAUCGAAUUGGAAGUUGGCGAAAACGAUUAUUUGGACGAAGUGAAACGCAGCACGUUCUCCCCACUCAAGAACUUGAGGGUUCUCCACCUGUGUCAUAACCGAAACCUGAGAUACAUCAGCCAUAAUGCGUUCCGUGGAUUGAAAGAUAAGUGGACCUUGAAGGAAGUGUACCUAGACGACAAUUACCUCAGUGAGUUGUCACCUGAUCUGAUGCCAUGGAACAAAUUAGAAAUCUUAGGAAUGACUGGAAACAACUGGCUUUGCAACUGUGACCUAGCAAAUAUUGUCACUAAGCAGGAAGCAGCCACUAAGUUCCAGAUAGGAGAGAUUCCUUACUGUGCAGCGCCCAUGAGAUUCAGCGGUGCAUACAUAACAAACAUUACAAUCUCCUACUGCCCUACAUUGGAUACCACAACUGCACCUAAAAGAAAUUUCACCCUUUCAAACUUGAGGCCUAAACAUGUUAUUUGGAGUAUGCUAGCAGUGGCAUUGAUAGCGUGUCUGGGCAUGCUUCUUGGUCUACUUGUCAAUGCAGUUAAAGCUUUCUACAAUAAAAAGAUAAGUCAACCAAUCCGCUACAUCAACAUCAACUCAGACUCCAGUUUUGCAUAAGAACUACAAAGAGUACUUAAUAUUACAAUAUAUGUAUUAUACUCCUGUAGAAUUAAAUUGUCAAUAAAUCUUUAGAUAGUAACCAAGACAUGUAAAUAAAAUUGUAUUAAAUAUUUUUUGGAAAUUAUUAAUAAAGUUUAAAAACCCUG